AUGGCAUUUGAGGAGGUGCAGCACAUUACCCCACAUGUGAGCAGUUUAUCCUCCAUCACAGUCAACAUCAGCUGCCCAGAGGGAUGCUCUCGUACCUUUGCCAAUUCUUCUGCCCUGAGGUUGCACCUUAAGCAGGUGCACCACAAAGAGGAUGAGUGUGGUCCAGCCACCACCUCAGAUGUGUGGUAUCACUGUCCCGAAACAGCUUGUAGUUAUCAUGUUAGUUUUGGCAGUAAUGGAAAGCACUUUUCAAAGCUCAAAUACUUAAAACAGCAUUACCUGAAGGUCCAUGCUGUUCGGGAUCACCUGUGUGAGUGUGGCCAUGCAUUCAGCACUGUAGCGCAUCUUGCCCAGCACCGCCGGGGGUGUGGCAUUGAUCUCAUGUGCACGUGUGGCAGCUCUUUCCAGGCAAUGGAGACUCUGCAGACUCAUGUGCGUCGCUUUGACCAUGCCAUCAUGCCCUCCACCCUUCAGGCUCUGAGGGCAAGGAAAAGCCUUCUUGCAGAGUCAGUGAGGGCAGCAAAGUCUCUUACCAAGUCCACAGCGCAGGCCGUCAUUGCACACAGCAUCCCCAUUAAGUGUCAAGGCAUCGAUGACAGAAAGGAAGAGACUGCAUCCUCCUCCUCCUCAUUCCUUCCUAACAUUGCCCCAACACCAGCAGCCAUAUGUUCAGCUGCUGCAACAUUCAAUCAUGUUACACCUGUCCACUUUCGACAACCAACUCAUAUGCUUGCAGCAAUAGCACUCAGUGAACUUGCGGCCACAUCCAUGAAAAGACUCCCUUGUGCAGAUGUUGGCGUACAAACAGAGCCCGAACAUGGGAGGCGUUCCCGAAGGAAAUCAUCAAGUCCAGCAAAGUGCUCCGAGUACUUGGAACGUAGUACUAACAAUCGCAGCUUUAGCAAGAGGAAAAGAACUGCCGAGACCCAGACAAGACUAACACAUAGGGACAGCAAACAAAUGCGCAGUGGAUCAAGCUGUGCUACAUCUCCUUUAAAUACUCCUGUUAAUAGUAAUAGUAAUGACAGUAUUACAGGAAAUAAUUAUAUUGAAGAAUGUACUAAUGAAAAUGGGUCUCUCAGUGGCUUAUCUCUGCAGGUAGAUUUACCAGAAUUCAUCACAACCCACCACAGUACAUCAGGCACACAGACAAGUCCUCGAGUUGGCAGGCUUUCACAACCUAGCCUACAUGAUUUUACAAUUUCCUUUUUUGAUCGCGCAUGUGGAGGGGAUGAACCCCAGAUAAGUCAAUCGCUGACCACAAUAACAUCAACACAGACCUCUGAUCUUGAUUCUUAUGAGUCAUCACAGUUGUUAAUUGAAGAGGAUGAGGAGCUUUUAGUUGUGGGAGACUCUGCUGUAGUGGGAGGACAGCGCCCUCCUUCCUUAGGUCACAUACGCUCCUCAAGUAUUGAAACACAAACUGAUCACGACGUCCUUCUCAGUAAAAAUGCUGACAAUACACCUGAUGAUGUUGAUGGGAUUAUCCUGACAAACACAGAAACUCAGACAGAUCCAAGUAACCUUCUCAAUCCAAAUGUUAAUCAUUCAUACCCAAAUUCAGGAGACUCCGGGGGAUGUCAUAUUCAUGAAGGGGACAGUUUGUGGUGCACAAGUGAAACUCAGACUUAUGAAGACUUCUCUGAUAUUGAACAGUUCAUGCGCUCAACAAUCCACACCCAAACACCAGACAACAGUCACAGUGAGUUGUUUCCCGAGCUUUCCUUUACUCAUACACAAACUCAGACGAGUCUUGAUGACCCGCCUUCACUUGUCACAACACACACUCAGACUCCUCUCAGUGAGCUAUAAGCCUUUCAGAUCUGUAACAGUUUUAAUGCAACAGCAGUUAAUUUUUUUUUUUCAAUUGCAAUAUCACAACCCUGAUGGCAGCACAGGCUAAUUACAUAAAAAUUGUAUUAUCAAAGUAAUAUAUAAUUUUUUCUUAUUUCUGCCCUACAGAGAGUUCAUAUGUCAUAUUUGUUACUUUUUUUUUUAUGUAAGAAUGCAAGGAAACUGUAGAUGGUCUAUUUAAGUCAUCCUCAUCCAUAUAUCUAUAACUUUCUCUGCAACUUUGAUAUUGUACUU